AAAAAAACAGACGAGCACGACUAAACACGGUCUCCACACCGGAGCAAGUCGCUGUCGGCACUGCGGAGAACCUGCUGGCCCUCCACCCGGGCACUGAAGAAGGCACCCCGAGGUGCUAGGAAGAAGGCACCAUGGCAGGGGCCUCUGUGAAGGUGGCGGUGCGCGUCCGCCCCUUCAAUUCAAGAGAGAUCGGAAAAGAAAGCAAAUGCAUCAUUCAGAUGUCUGGAAACACCACCACCAUCAUCAACCCCAAGCAGGCCAAAGACAACAAGAGCUUCAACUUUGAUUACUCCUACUGGUCCCACACCCUCGAGGACAUCAAUUAUGCCUCUCAGAGUCAAGUGUACAAAGACAUCGGAGAGGAAAUGUUGCUGCACGCCUUCGAGGGAUACAACGUCUGCAUCUUCGCUUACGGUCAGACUGGCGCUGGCAAGUCCUACACCAUGAUGGGGAAACAGGACGUCAAGGAUCAACAAGGAAUCAUUCCCCUGAUGUGUGAAGAUCUUUUCACGAAGAUCAACGACAACGCAGACAACAGCAACCAGUCUUAUUCUGUGGAGGUGAGCUACAUGGAGAUCUACUGUGAACGUGUGCGGGACUUGCUGAACCCCAAAAAUAAAGGGAACCUGCGAGUUCGAGAACAUCCUCUGAUGGGACCGUAUGUGGAGGACCUGUCGAAGCUCGCUGUCACCUCCUACAACGACAUCCAGGACCUGAUGGACUCCGGCAACAAGGCCAGGACUGUGGCCGCCACCAACAUGAACGAGACCAGCAGUCGCUCGCAUGCCGUCUUUAACAUCAUAUUCACCCAGAAACGCCACGAUGCAGAGACUGAUAACACCUCGGAGAAGGUCAGCAAAGUCAGUUUGGUGGAUCUGGCCGGCAGCGAGAGGGCAGAUUCUACCGGAGCCAAAGGGACCAGGCUCAAGGAAGGAGCAAAUAUCAACAAAUCUCUAACUACGUUGGGAAAAGUCAUCUCUGCUUUGGCUGAAGUGGACUCUGGGUCAAAUAAGAAUAAAAAGAAGAAGAAAGUGGAAAGCUUCAUCCCUUACAGAGAUUCGGUUUUGACCUGGCUGCUGAGAGAAAAUUUGGGGGGGAAUUCUCGUACUGCGAUGGUCGCUGCUUUGAGUCCAGCGGACAUCAACUACGACGAGACCCUCAGCACGCUCAGGUAUGCAGACCGCGCCAAACAGAUCCGCUGUAACGCCGUGAUAAACGAGGAUCCCAACAACCGGCUGGUGCGCGAGCUGAAGGAGGAGGUGUCCCGUCUGAAGGACCUCCUCUAUGCCCAGGGCCUGGGUGACAUCAUUGAGACAUAUCGAGCGACUGGCGCUGACAUAGAGGGUUUGAAAUUGACCAAUGCCAUGACGGGGAUGAGUCCCUCUCCGUCUCUCUCAGCCUUGUCCAGCCGUGCCGGAUCCAUCGCCAGUCUUCACGACCGCAUCAUGUUCAGCCCGGGCAGCGAGGAGGCCAUCGAGAGACUGAAGGAAACAGAGAAAAUUAUUGCUGAACUCAAUGAAACCUGGGAAGAGAAACUUCGCCGAACAGAAGCCAUAAGAAUGGAAAGAGAGGCUCUGCUGGCAGAAAUGGGCGUAGCAAUGCGAGAAGAUGGCGGGACAGUUGGCGUUUUCUCCCCCAAGAAGACGCCUCAUCUGGUGAAUCUCAACGAGGAUCCUCUGAUGUCUGAGUGCCUGCUGUACUACAUUAAAGACGGGAUCACCAGGGUCGGUCGCGUGGACGCCAGCAGUCGUCAGGAUAUCGUCCUCAGCGGCCACUUCAUCAAGGAUGAGCACUGCACCUUCACCAGUUCUACUGGUCCGAGUGGAGAAACAGUUGUCCUCGAGCCCUGUGAAGGAGCCGAGACUUACGUCAACGGAAAGAGAGUGACGGAGCCCACCGUCCUCAAAUCAGGAAACCGCAUCAUCCUGGGGAAGAGCCAUGUGUUCAGGUUCAACCACCCCGUGCAGGCCAGAGCGGAGCGGGAGAGGACCCCGUGUGCUGAGACUCCAGCUGAGCCCGUGGACUGGGCCUUCGCUCAGAGGGAGCUGCUGGACAAACAGGGCAUCGACAUGAAGCAGGAAAUGGAACAGAGGCUGCAGGAGCUGGAGGACCAGUAUCGCAAAGAGAGAGAAGAGGCCAACAACCUUCUGGAGCAGCAAAGACUGGACUAUGAGAGCAAGCUGGAGGCUCUUCAGAAGCAGGUGGACAGUUAUUACCCAGAUGUCCCUGAAGAAGAGGAAGAGCCAGAGGAGGAAGUGCAAUGGACAGAGAGAGAAAGAGAACUGGCUGUGUGGAGUUUUCGUAAGUGGCGCUGCUACCAGUUCACCUCUCUCCGUGACCUGCUGUGGGGGAACGCCAUCUUCCUGAAGGAGGCCAACGCCAUCAGUGUGGAACUCAAGAAGAAGGUCCAGUUUCAGUUUGUGCUGCUCACAGACACUCUGUACUCCCCGCUGCCUCCGGACCUGCUGCCCCCAGAGGCGACUAAGGACAGAGAGAAGAGACACUUCCCACGCACCAUUGUGGCCGUGGAGGUGCAGGAUCAGAAAAAUGGAGCCACGCACUAUUGGACGUUAGAGAAACUAAGGCAGCGGCUCGAUCUGAUGAGAGAGAUGUACGAUCGCGCUGCCGAUGUGCCCAACAAUACAACUGAAGACGGAGAAAAUGUGAUGACCGGAGGGGACCCCUUUUACGACCGCUUCCCCUGGUUUCGUCUGGUCGGCAGAAACCCCAUUUUCAACACAUGCAUGAGCGAGCGCAUGAGUGACCUCACCCCGUCCCCGACCCUCUCCAACUCUGAAAUUACUGAGCUGGCUGACCCGCAGCUCGAGGGUCGAGGGGAGGAGGAGGAGUUGGAGGAGUUGGAUGACCUGGACGAUGAUAUCUUUUUGGACGACCCGAGCUCGGAGCUCGGGGGAGUGGAUGAUGAUGAUGAUGAUGAUGAUGAUGAGGGAGAGCUCUGCCGAGGCUCCGGCGAAGGCCAGGAUCCCUUUUACGACCGCUCACCAUUAUUCAGUGUAGUGGGAAGGGCUUUUGUUUAUCUGAGUAACCUGCUGUACCCGGUUCCUCUCGUCCACCGCGUGGCCAUCGUCAGCGAGAAGGGCGAGGUGAAGGGCUUCCUCCGGGUGGCGGUGCAGGCCAUAUCAGCUGAUGAGGAAGCUCCCGACUACGGCUCAGGAGUGAGGCAGUCCGGCACUGCCAAGAUCUCAUUCGAGGAUCAGCAAUAUGAAAAGUUCCAGUCCGAGUCCUGCUCUGUGGGGCUGUCCCGCACUGGGAUUUCACAGGAGGAGCUGCGUAUUGUGGAGGGGGAGGGGCAGAACGCAGAGAUGGGGCCCUCAGCUGAUGAGGUCAACAACAACACAUCUGGUGCAGAUGAGCUGGAGAAUCCGCUGAAGAGUCUGGACGGCCCGCUUGACACGACUCUGGAGCACCUGAGGAUCGGAAACAUUUUUACCUUCAGGGUGACGGUCCUGCAAGCCUCCAGCAUCUCUGCAGAAUACGCCGACAUCUUCUGCCAGUUCAAUUUCAUCCAUCGCCACGAUGAGGCCUUCUCCACUGAGCCCCUGAAGAACACCGGCCGCGGCCCGCCUCUCGGCUUCUACCACGUGCAGAAUAUUGCUGUUGAAGUGACUAAAUCCUUCGUGGACUACAUCAAGACUCAGCCAAUUGUGUUUGAGGUGUUUGGACACUAUCAGAAACAGCCUUUCCUUCCACUCUGCAAAGACGUCAUCAGUCCACUACGUCCCUGCAGAAGACAGUUCCCACGCGUGAUGCCUCUGUCCAAACCAGUACCUGCCACCAAGCUGACAGCCAUGACCCGCCCGCAGGCAGGACCCUGUCACUGCAAAUAUGAUCUCAUGGUUUUCUUUGAGAUCUGCGAGCUGGAGGCCACCGGAGAAUAUAUCCCUGCUGUGGUGGACCACAGAGGAGGGAUGCCGUGUCACGGCACAUUCCUACUGCACCAGGGCCUGCAGAGGAGAAUCACUGUCACCAUUGUCCACGAGUCCGGAGGGGACAUCGAGUGGAAGGAUAUCCGUGAGCUUGUUGUGGGUCGUCUCCGCAACACUCCUGAAGCUGAUGAGACCAUCAUCGACCCAAAUAUUCUCUCCCUCAACAUCCUGGCUGCUGGGUAUGUCAGGCCCAUGCAAGAUGACCGACAGUUUCUUGAUUCGGACAUGCCUAGGACUUUCUACCGCUUCGAGGCAGCCUGGGACAGCUCCAUGCACAACUCCCUGCUGCUGAACCGAGUCACUCCAUACGGAGAGAAGAUCUACAUGACGCUCUCCGCUUAUUUGGAGAUGGAGAACUGCACCCAGCCUGCAAUCAUAACCAAAGAUAUCUGCAUGGUGUUUUACUCUCGAGACACAAAGCUCUCCGCCUCCCGCUCCAUCCGAAACCUGUUUGGUACUGGAAGUCUGAGAGCAGCAGAUGGGAACCGUGUAACUGGAGUUUAUGAGGUCAGCCUAUGUAACCUGGCAGACGCAGGAAGCCCAGGUAUGCAGAGGAGACGCAGGCGGGUGCUGGACACCUCCGUGGCCUACGUCCGAGGGGAGGAGAACCUGGCCGGGUGGAGGCCCCGCAGUGACAGCCUCAUUCUGGACCACCAGUGGGAGCUGGAGAAACUCAGCCUCCUUCAGGAUGUGGAAAAGACUAAACAUUACCUCCUGCUGAGGGAGAAACUGGAGUCCACGCUGCUCAUGGGUCAGGAGUCGCUGCAGUCCUGCCUCACCGAGGAGCUGAGUGAGUCUCCUCAGCCCCCCGAGGUCGACCCGGAGGUCAACGUCUGCUCUGAAAUCACCACCGAGAGGCAGAGGGAGCUCGCUGCUAAGUGUUUGCGGCUGCUCACCCACUCCUUCAACCGAGAAUACAGCCACGUGUGCGUCAGCGCCAGUGAAAGCAAGAUCUCAGAGAUGUCCGUCACAGUGCUGAGAGACUCGGCUUCAAUCUCUGCUCUCAACACAAUCACACCCUCCUCGACAUGUCCUUCCCUGGUUGAGGGUUGCUAUGGCAAUGCUGAACUCAGACCCCCCAUGCCUCGCUCUCGUGCCGUCAGCCCCUCUCCUGAUACACAGCAAGACACAGACGCCAAGAAGUCAGUCAACGGAGCCUCUGACACCAAACCACGGAUCCGCAGAUUUGUCCCCGACAUCCAGGAGAUCAGAGUCAGCCCCAUUGUGUCAAAGAAAGGUUACCUGCAUUUCCUGGAGCCACACACCAACGGAUGGGUGAAGCGCUACGUCGUUGUGCGGCGGCCGUACGUCUACAUCUACAACACAGAGAGAGACUCCGUGGAGCGGGCCAUCCUCAACCUCUCCUCCGCCCAGGUGGAGUACAGCGAGGACCAGCAGGCCAUGCUCAAGACCCCGUACACGUUUGCUGUGUGCACAGAACAUCGUGGGAUAUUACUUCAAGCCACAAAUGACAAAGAGAUGCACGACUGGCUGUAUGCGUUUAAUCCUCUCCUCGCUGGAACUAUCAGGUCAAAGCUGUCGAGAAGACGAGCCGGACAGAUGAGGAUGUGAAACUCUGAUCAAACCUCAUGAGAGGACGAUGAGCGCAGAGACUAAGAUGUACAUAGAUCCUUGCCCUCAUCCCUUUCCUUGUGCUGAGCCCCCACCCCUCACCCCUCAUUACCACCGUCACCAACAACCAUCUCCCCCUCCGUGCGUCCUCAGUUUAUCACUAGUGUCCUCGGCACCUAAAGCGCCCAUUUCGUGUCAGGCCUUUGCUGCGGUGUGAGUCUCGUAGUCUGAAGAACCUCUUCAAAAAAAGCUGUCACUGUACUGUACCGGAAAUGAUUCAUAGCUGGAGCGACGGAGAAGGAGGUAGCAACAGUUUUCUUAGCUCAGAUUACAUACGUAUGGUAAUGUACUGUAGUUGUUGUCAGUGACACAUCGAGCCUUAUGCAUUUACUCCUUAAAAAAAAUGCAGUUUAUUUUUACCUAAAGCUGCCAUGUCAGUGAGGAUCACAUUGCUACAUCAGUAAAUAGAAAAAAAACAUGCAGAUUCUUCUCUACAGCUAUAUAUACAGUGAACUGGUUUGCAUACAGCUAGAAAAUACACGCUAGAAGAUAAAAAAAAAAGACAGAUUAGUGUUACUCUUUAGAAUAAUUUUAUUUCCAGUCCUUGAAUCCUGAUAAUCUGCCUCCUGUUUCCUAAAAAACGUCUUUAGCACACAGCCUGGCAACGGAAUGGCAUCGUCAUGUUCUUGUGAUCAAUCCAUGUCGUUUUUAGCUACGUGUAGGAGCACCAAGGGUAUCUACAUUCACACGAUACGUAAUCACCACCGUUAAUCCUCCCCAUCUAAUCUCAUUCUCUGCCCGAACUUUGUUUUAAAAUGUGAUAUAUUUAGAUAUUUAACAGCUUUAUUAUUUAUUUCUGCAUGUAUUUAUUUACAAAGACAUUUAUAUUUCUAAAGUAGUCGUAACGUGCAAUUUCUGCACACCGCACUUUUUAAUAUGAGUUCCUUAAAUGUUUGAAUAAUAGUCCCCCCCAUGCAGUUAUAAUAACUUUAUGAUUGGCCACUUUCUUUAUGCUGAAGAUUACUUGAAUUUUACUAUCCCCUUUAAGAGUAGGAUAGUCCCACUUGACCUUUGACCCGACUAAUAUACAUCUUUAAAAAAAAAAGGCCAAUAUGCUGUUAGGUAGAGAAUAUAACACAAAGCUACCUUGUUAAGAUCAAAAGUAUAAACUGUUGCUCACAGAAUAAGAAACCGGUUUUCUGAAUGAUAUGUAUAUUGAUUAAAUGUAGUGCCUCUCUUUUCAAUCAUACUGUACAGUAUGCCUCUGCACCAGUUGCUUUGAAACUACAUCCUCCAUGCUGCUAUAAUGCUGUUCUGGGAGUGUCUGCAGAUCAUAUCACAUCACCAUCCUGAUCAUCAUCACAUAUUCAGACAAAAACGUUUGAGUUGUUUUAAUGUUACAUAUCUAAUGUGGCAGUCAGCUGGCAUACCAUAAUGUCCAUAACACAGAGUAUACUUCAUGUUUGCAUGCUGAAAAAAUGUACAUAUUUCCAGAUCAUGCUGUGAAUUGGAAAAAAGAAAUCAAAGUGCAUGAUGAAGGACAGUUUUUAUCCUGCUUGUGAGUUGUGUGAUAGAUGAGCAUGCCUCAGGUCAGCCAGCCUUAGAGAGCACGCUCAGUGACAUUUCACUUAAAUACCAGGACAACAUCUCAAAGCAUUUAACUCUUUCCCAAAAGUGCAAUGAUAAUUUUUGCUCAUUAUGUUUUUUAUUUCUGCUGUUGAGGUAAUCCAUGCAACACCUUACUCUGUUUUAAAGGGUAAGUUCAGUAUUUUUCAACCUGGAGCCUUUUUUCUCAUGUUUUUGUCUCUAAAUAACUAAUGGGAACAACUAUGUUUAAAACUGGUCCAGCACAUGUUCGCAAUGUGAAAUUACAUCCACUAAAAGUAUUUGUUUUCGCCGCUGACGGGCUCAGAUUACUAUUUAAAUAUCUGACAAUUUAUGUAAAGGAUCCCAACAGAGAAAGACCUUUUUAUGACAUAAGAAGAUCUUUUGUAUCUAACCAGAAACAGCACCCAAAGUCAUCAUCACCAAAUUCACCAGACCCCAUUUAAAUAAACCGGGAUUUUAUCUUUAUUUAAGUCGACAGAAACAAAAUCAAACUCAUAAAAACCUUCUUGGUCAAGGUGAGGCAGGUCCAUAAAAAGUCUUUAAAGUUCUUAAACAUUUACUGACAAAAGGCCUUGAAAAGUAUGAAAUUGUAUAAAAUUUAGAUUGAAUGGGUCUUGAAUGUUUUUAGUCAUGUCAAUGUGAGAAUUCAGGAAAUGUCAUUUUAACCUGAGGGAAACACGACUCGAUAGCAGAGCAGACUUUGUUCACGUAAUUAGUCUGCAUCAUUAAACUUAAGCCCGCUUAGGUUAGUGUUUUCUUGGAAAGAGCGUAUUUUCACUUCUGUUGUGAACUUACUUUACAAGUUUGGUCUUGAUUUUAAUUUUAACUGGUGUUAAAAAGGCCUUGAAAAGCCUUAUAUUUAACUUGUUUAUACCUGCAGACGGAGUCUGCUGGUUUGGCGAUAGCGAUUUCGGGGCAGUCUCUGGUUAAACAGAAGGGAUCUUAAUCUUUACUAAAAAGUCUAUCUUUGUCGGGAUCCUUUCCAUAUUGUCAUCAAACACUUAGAAUAACAAUCUGAACCCAACAGUGGCAAAAACAAGCACUUUCAGCAGACGUAAAUUCAUGAUGCAAACAUACCCUGAGUGGUUACAUUGCAGCAUGUAUCGCUCUCUCCCAUUACUGGACCAUUUUUUGAAAUUCGUUAGUCUUUUAGACACAAAAACACAUAAAAAUAGGGUGCAGAUUUAGAUAAUAAUACUUCCUGAAGUUGUAAAGUAUUCUGUGUGUUGUGGACAUACUCUGAAAUAAUCCAAUCGAAACAUUUUAAAGCCCUACAUGCGUGCACAGCUGUCUGUUGUGUCUAAUCAAACAGAUAUUUUCUGUUUUUUUGUGUAAUAAAUAAGUCCUGUGAUCAAUGUUAUGAUCAAAGUCUACGACAGACUUUCUUGGCGGAGGCUGCAGUUUGUAUUGUAUCCAGCUUAGAGCAUCGUCGUCGAGGGAACACCCUGCUGUACUGUGCGUCACACUUUCUCAAGCACUCAUUUCUGUCUCAUUUCAUUUAUCUUUCAAAUGUGAGCCCGGGGAUUGCUCCAGUCUGAUGUUGAGAUCAUUCCUCUUGUUUUUCAUUGGGCCUUUUAACGUGCGUUACAUUUGAGCCAACCAAAGUUUUCUUGGUGCAGUCACAUUAAAGAAAAAAAAAAUCACACUGAAUGUACAUUGAUAUUUGAAAAUACUUAUUCUUGUCCUCUGUUUUCACAGUUGGGUUCCUUAUUGAUUGUAGUUUGGUUACUAUCAGGGAACCAGGUGGAGUUUGUGGGAUAUACCUGUAAUAAUCUGUCCACUGGUGUGUGAGGGGAGGCUGCUUCAUUAAGGCCCUUUUUUCGGCAUUGCAGCUUGUUCAGAGUGAUGCUGUAACUGUUCUGUCACUCUUUCACUCUUAUUUCAAUAUCCACCAUCGUGCGCUGACAGCCUUCACAAAUUCUACUUUUUCUAAUCCCUCCCCUUUGAAGGAUAUCAUUUACAUUUUUGUGCUUCCACAUUUUUUUAAUUUUUUUUUUUUUCAGAAUUUCACUGGCACAUUUCUUUUUAUUCCCUUCUUGAAAUGAUUUUUGCAUUGUAUAUAAACAUGAUUGCUGUGAACAGUGUAUUAUAAAGUUGCACCCAUUUACAAAAUCCUAAAUGGGCAGUAGUUCAGUCAGUGUCUCUGAGUGUUGGAGUUUAGCGUCAAAUGUUUGUGUACACUAAACACAUUGUCAUAUAUUAAAUAAACAUGGAAAUUA